CACGAUGGAGCCGCUGUCGUCUCUAAGUCGUUGUCGCUAGAAGAAACGGUCUGCACUGAAUGCGUGCCGCACCGAAUCCGAGAGAAACUACAUAUUUCUGAUCGUCGCGGAUCAACGAAUCAGUGCCAAUCGAUGAAUAAUCAGUGAUAAUCAAUUCGUCAAUUGAUGUCGGUUCUUUUACGGGACAAACAGUCGUCCGUUUUCGUCUAAAGAGGAUCGAUUGCGGGAGGUAUCUCUCCAGAGAAGAGAGAUAAAGAAAGAAAGGAACACUACUAGUUAGACAGCAUUCAAUCAAUUUUUCAAUGCGCAUUUCAUACAAAUAUCGAGAUUAGAGGAAAUGAACGAUCCCUAAGCAAGUAAAUGUUCCAUGAAACUUAAUUUGAGACGCGGCGAGAGAUGCCUGUUGAAAAUCGCGACCAGCUGUCGAGCGGCGGAGGCGAAAGAAGAGGUGGUAGUAGCGGAAGUGCUCCAGUGGAACGCAGGGAGUUCUCGAGAGACGGCCGUGGCGAGCCGGAUCUUCGUAAUCGUGGAACGAUGGCUACGAUGAUUCCGCUUCCACGUAUCGGUCAGUUUACGUCCGCUUCGCAAAAUCAAAAAAUUGCCAAAACUGAGAAAAAUCGACAGAGAAUGAUUAUGAAGAGUCGUGGCACCGUCACAACUAUCGACCUCGUGAAGAAAGGCAGGAUCGGCAGACGUGAGGAAGAGGCGCUACAAAAUAAUUGGCGAAUGUCGACCGCUAACUGCUCGGCUAUCGCGCAAUGCGCCGAGGAAUUCGGUGAUUUAUAUCAAGACGAAAAGGUGAUUAAUUAAAGCGAAGUGUC